CGCCGCCGCCGCCGCCGCCGCCGCCGCCGCGGAACUGAGGCGGAGCUGCCGUCCCGGUCCCCCGUGGUCCCGCCCAACGCCGGACUCGGUAGCACAACUAAAAAAAAAGAAAAGGUUUUUAUGGAAUUCAGAUGAAUGGUAAUGGAUGAUGCAGUUCAAAUAACUAAGGUCAGCAUGGAUUCCUCGUUCAUUCUUGUUCUGCUUGGCAGUAGUCUGAUGUGUGCCAGUGCCAACAAUGCUACCACAGUUUCACCCUCCUUGGGAAUUACGAAAUUAGUUACAGCAUCAGCAGCAGAAUCGGCUAAAGAAGAGAACAAAACUUCAAAUCCAACCUCUUCAGUAAUUUCUACUUCUGCAGCAACAAUAUUCAGCCGAAAUCUAACUCUACAACCCACCUAUGUAACCACUGUCAAUUCUUCACACUCUGACAAUGGGACCACACAAAUAGCAAGCACCAAUUCUGUAGGCAUUACCAUGUCACCAAAUGGAACAUGGCUUCCAGACAGCCAGUUCACAGAUGCCACAACAGAACCCUGGGAUGGGAAUUCCAGCACUGCUGCAACCACUCCAGAAACCUUCCCUCCUGCAGGUAAUUCUGACUUGAAGGACAGAAGAGAUGAGACUCCAAUUAUCGCAGUGAUGGUGGCCCUGUCCUCUCUGCUAGUGAUCGUGUUUAUUAUCAUAGUUUUAUACAUGUUAAGGUUUAAGAAAUACAAGCAAGCUGGGAGCCAUUCCAAUUCUUUCCGCUUAUCAAAUGGCCGCACCGAGGAUGUGGAGCCCCAAAGUGUGCCACUUCUGGCCAGGUCCCCAAGCACCAACAGGAAGUACCCACCUCUGCCUGUGGACAAACUGGAAGAAGAGAUUAACCGAAGAAUGGCUGAUGACAAUAAGCUCUUCAGAGAAGAAUUCAACGCUCUUCCUGCUUGUCCAAUCCAAGCCACUUGUGAAGCUGCCUCCAAGGAGGAAAACAAGGAAAAAAAUCGAUAUGUAAACAUCUUGCCUUAUGACCACUCUAGAGUCCACCUGACACCUGUUGAAGGAGUUCCAGAUUCCGAUUACAUCAAUGCUUCAUUCAUCAAUGGCUACCAAGAAAAGAAUAAAUUUAUUGCUGCACAAGGACCAAAGGAAGAAACAGUGAAUGAUUUCUGGAGGAUGAUCUGGGAACAAAAUACAGCCACCAUUGUUAUGGUGACCAACCUGAAGGAGAGAAAGGAGUGUAAAUGCGCCCAGUACUGGCCAGACCAAGGCUGUUGGACCUAUGGGAAUAUUCGUGUGUCUGUAGAAGAUGUCACUGUCCUGGUAGACUAUACAGUACGAAAGUUCUGCAUUCAGCAGGUAGGCGACAUGACCAACAGAAAACCACAACGCCUCAUCACUCAGUUCCACUUUACCAGCUGGCCAGAUUUUGGGGUUCCUUUCACCCCAAUUGGCAUGCUCAAGUUCCUCAAGAAGGUGAAGGCCUGUAACCCUCAGUAUGCAGGGGCCAUCGUGGUUCACUGCAGUGCAGGUGUAGGGCGCACAGGUACCUUUGUUGUCAUUGAUGCCAUGCUGGACAUGAUGCACACAGAGCGGAAGGUGGAUGUCUAUGGUUUUGUGAGUCGAAUUAGAGCCCAGCGCUGCCAGAUGGUGCAAACAGACAUGCAAUAUGUUUUCAUAUACCAAGCCCUACUAGAGCAUUAUCUCUAUGGGGAUACAGAACUGGAAGUGACCUCUCUAGAAACCCACCUGCAGAAAAUUUACAACAAAAUCCCUGGGACCAGCAACAAUGGAUUAGAAGAGGAGUUUAAGAAGUUAACAUCAAUCAAAAUCCAGAAUGACAAGAUGCGUACUGGAAACCUUCCAGCCAAUAUGAAGAAAAACCGUGUUUUACAGAUCAUUCCAUAUGAAUUCAACAGAGUGAUCAUUCCAGUUAAGCGGGGCGAGGAAAACACAGACUACGUGAAUGCAUCCUUCAUUGAUGGCUACCGGCAGAAGGACUCCUACAUUGCCAGCCAGGGCCCUCUUCUACACACAAUUGAGGACUUCUGGCGAAUGAUCUGGGAGUGGAAGUCCUGUUCCAUCGUGAUGUUAACAGAACUGGAAGAGAGAGGCCAGGAGAAGUGUGCCCAGUACUGGCCAUCUGAUGGCCUGGUGUCCUACGGAGACAUCACAGUGGAGCUGAAGAAGGAGGAAGAAUGUGAGAGCUACACUGUCCGGGACCUCCUGGUCACCAACACCAGGGAGAACAAGAGCCGGCAGAUCCGACAGUUCCACUUUCAUGGCUGGCCUGAAGUGGGCAUCCCCAGUGAUGGGAAGGGCAUGAUCAGCAUCAUCGCAGCCGUGCAGAAGCAGCAGCAACAGUCGGGAAACCAUCCCAUCACCGUGCACUGCAGCGCCGGGGCAGGACGGACGGGGACCUUCUGUGCUCUGAGCACAGUCCUGGAGCGUGUGAAAGCAGAGGGGAUUCUGGAUGUCUUCCAGACUGUCAAGAGCCUGCGACUGCAAAGGCCACACAUGGUCCAGACACUGGAACAGUAUGAGUUCUGCUACAAGGUGGUGCAGGAGUACAUUGAUGCAUUCUCAGACUAUGCCAACUUCAAGUAACAGGAGAUGAGGCUCACGGACAGAAUUGCCUUUAAUAUUUUGUAAUAUUCUGUUUUGUUAAUAUACCCAAAAUUGUGUAUAUAUCUUAUAACUGUUUUAGAAAUUGGUACAUAGGCUUCUAUUACCUAUUAGGUGGAGAUUUUAUAUGUAAAUGUGUUAGCACUGAUAGUCCUUUUUCCAAUGUUUUAUUGGGGAAUUAAAUAGUGUGAUGUUUGGAUUGAUAUCGUGAAAUCCUCAGCCUGGAAAUUGGGCUGGUUUAUUACUCUGCAUUAAAACAUCUGUUCCUAAAGAAAAUAAACACAAAACCCAUUCCAGGUAGCUCGGCACCAACUAAGAAAACAAGCACAAAGUUCUCAGAGCUCUUGAGGAAAUGGUCGUCCCGGUGCCCCAAUGAAAACCUGUGUCCUCUCCUUCACUGUAAAUUACCCCUCCUCUCUCCAGCCCACUCCUGCCAUCUCCUACAUCCCAGCAGCCCCCUGUGGGGAGUAAUGGGACCAGAGCGGUAUCUCUGGCACCACACUAGGGAUUAUCAGGUAAUAAAAGCUUUGACUCCCUG